AUGGGGCUGGGGCAGUCUCAGGGCCUGCAGGGGCCAAGACCCUGCAAUCCGGCGGCCGUCCCGGGAGGCGUGGCCAGGCAGGCGCCGCGGCACUCGCGCCUUCGCCUGGCACACAGGGCCACUGCCAUGCUGGGCGUCCAGCUCUCCAGCUACACCCCACGUCAGCUCUUUGACAUUUAUUGCGAGUACCGCCUCCUGGUGGACGUAGACCCCGGGUACGAGGAUCGGGUCGCCACCAGCCCUCAGCACCAGCAGUACUACCGCAAUGCAGUGCAGGCGGUGGAAUGGAAGCUUGGACGAGCCAGGGAUGCGGCGGCCAGCUCCUUUUGGCGAUCCUCAGCCAGAGGCCUGGUCGAAGCCCUGGAGACGCUGCCGGGCAUCGAGUGCUCCUGGAGCAUCGACCCCCUGCAGCCCCGGUUCCUGGUGGGGCGCUUCUGCUGCGCGCGCCUGUUCCUCUACCACGCCCUAUUCCACUGGGAGCGGCGCCUGCGAGCGCGGCUGCGCCAGGAAACCAAGAGUGCCUGGGCACAGAUCAGGGGCGAGAGCAGCCGUGGGGAAGUUGCUGCACGCGUGCUGGCAAAGUCCUCCCUCCUGGAGACCCUGUACGAUAUCUUCUCCCGCCUCUGCCAGCUGGCAGACCAGUACCUGCUGAGCGGGGGAGAGGGGGGCUACCGCGGCCGCUUCGGCGCGCCCGACACCUCCGCCGAGAUCCAUGCGCUCGUGGAGUCCCUGCACGACGACGUCGAGGCGGAGGAGAGCAGCGUGCGCUGGGUGGGGUCCUCCCUCGACCAGUCGGGCGAGAGCGGGGGGAGUGGGGAGGUCGUCAGCAGGGCGGCGGCCCGGCCGGAUAAUGGCCCCGGCGAACCAGGGCGAGCGCCGCCUGGCGGGGCGGGUGCCGGCGACAUGAGCGCGCCUUCCUCCUCGUCUGGCGGGAACGCCGGCUCUGAAGCCCGGCGCCAAGCAUCUUCGGGUGCCAUCGGCCGCGGCGCCGAACCCGGCGGCGAAGCUGUUGACGCGGCAAGGCCCGGAGCUGCACUCGCCAGGCGAGGCCGCCACGCCGUCAUCUUGACCUCGCUCGACGACAGCGAGUGA